AUGGUGGAUGUAGCAUAUAAUUUACUAGUAAGAUUAACAUCUUCUAACUCGUGUUGAGAGAUCGGUAUGAAUAUAUGUGACUUGGCAGCUACAUUGCUCUGUGUGUUUUGAUAUUAGUACAUGUAUAUUUAUCUCCGUUCCUAACGACCGCCAAUUGAAAACUCUCGUCUCAUUAGGGGAGUUAUUUUGUGGUCCCACCUAACGCGGGUGUCGCACUGCUUCAGUCAAUUGUGCCCCAAUGGUGCUUUGUGAGGAACCAGCCUCCCACUUACAAAGGCAAUCCUGUCUCUAAUGAGCCUUUUCUACCAAAGAGGCACCCUAUCCUAGCAACGUAAGGGUUGCCAUAGCAACCCGACGGAGUCUCUCCGACCUGCAGAGCUUCUAGGUGACCUGAGGGAUGGAUGGGUGGGCGCGCGCUGGCGGGGCUGACUACACACCAGCGGCGCGCAGGGAGUGACACGCGCGUUGGCCGCUCCGUACGUAACAGAGGGAAAAUAGAAGGCAGACGCAUUUCUUCCUUUUGAUGUCAGUUCGUCCGUAAGGGUACCAAGAUGUCCGCCACCUUGCUUGGCUUGUAAGUCUUUUCGGCGAGACCUCAGUGCGAGACUGACGGUGGAUGAAUGAGCACGGCGCCGAACGUGCUGCGCUUCGGGCGGAAGAACAGCGUCCAACCCCAGUCAACCUCCCCGGCCUUCGAACCCCGUGAUUCGCCCGAGCCAGUGACAGGAAAGAAAAUCAAGGAGCUGCACGAGUUCAACGUACAGAUUGCAGUCUACCGGGACCUACUCACUCACAUCGGCGGGAGGCGAGACACACUGGGCCUGAGGACAGAGAUCAGAAAAACUCGUUUCAAAUGUAUGGAACUGUUUUGUGCUCUCAAGCUGAGGGUUGAACCCCUGACACAAACACUUAAUUCGGACCAAAUGGAGGAGCUCCAGACGCGCGUACAUAACGUGUGUUGUGCCCUGGAGCUCUUCAUCAGGGAACUACAGAAGUCGUACCGUCUUACCUCCGCCUUUGAACCACGCGAGAAAAGACGAAAGUCUCGCGGCACGUCCAAACCGGAUGACCCCGGAGCGGACAGGUGGUCCCAGGCCUCCUGGGCGUCCCAGCUCUCCUCUGCGCUGGCCAGGCGGGCCUCUCAGGUGUCUGUGGUAGGUAGACAUCGCUUGUCCCAGGCAUCUAUCGGGAACACUCUCCAGACAAACGGGUGCUCGGUGGGGGGAUCGCCGCAGGAGGCCCCUGGGGAGCUGCACCCCUGGGUACCCGCCAUGGAGAGGAAGAAGUACGGCAAAACGGAGGAACUCGCAGCAAUACUAGGAGACAUUGUGUCCUCCCAAGCAACCCUGUGUGAGUUGUAUGAAAUCAUACCGACAGCCCAGGAAACAGCUCUGGAGGAACUACUUGAAGAAAAGAAGAGAAAAAUGCCUAGAUGUUUCUCGUUAGGAAUGUGCUGCUUUCGACCGGCAAUUGUAAUAUAAUGCAGAGACUCAAACAGCAGACUAUUCACCAAUACAACACCUACCUGACUGCACAUGAUUUGGAAGCAUCUCAUCUCAGGUAUUAUGCCACUGAUGGUGCAGAUGUGAACAGGCAAACAUAACGUUGACACAAUUUCAGAGCACGUUUGCGGGCAUUUUUCUUCUCUUGCAGCCAGGUGGUGCCAUUUACAAACAUAUUUUGAUCAUGACAUUCUCCCGGCUGAACUAGCAACAGAUUUGUAUUGGUUAUGGGGUUAGGCAGCAGGUGGAAAAGUACAAGAAAAAAGGGGACCAUGACGAAAAGACCUUCAUCCCAUCACACCAUACAUAGAUGACACAUCCAGCAUGCUAGCAGCCAAUCAGAUAGCUUCCUCAGAGGCCUUAGUACAUUUUAUGUAGUCUGAGACUUUUGAACUCUGAGAAAUGUGCAACUUUGAAUGAAAAAAA